GAAAAAGGAAGUACAAGACCAGCUUUCAUGCCAUAUCAUCCAUCAUCAAGAACGAAGGCGUAUUAGGGCUCUACAAUGGAUUAAGUGCUGGGUUGUUGAGGCAAGCAACCUACACUACAACAAGACUUGGAAUUUAUACGUGGCUGCUUGAAAACUUCACAAAGGAGGAAGAAUUCGUAAAGU